UUCAUUUUAGUGUCAUGAUCGGAACUCGAUUCUGAAAUAAUAAAAUUUAAGUGUAAGAAAAUGGUUUGGCCAACGAUAAACGAUGAUAAUCCGGACGAUCUGGUCGACCCAAAGGUCAAGCCGCAACAGUUGGACGCUGGAGAGGCAAGAAGUCACUUGGAGCAUAUAUGCGCCUUGAACGUUAUGUCAAAGCCUCAAAAGACACGUCUGACCGGAAUAAUCUGCACCAUCGGACCGGCAUCCAAAGAACCAGAAAUGCUCGUUAAGAUGAUGGAACAAGGCAUGAAUAUCGCAAGAAUGAACUUCUCCCACGGAAGCCACGAAUACCACGCGGAGACCGUCAAGAAUUGCAGGUUGGCGGCGGAUAUGUAUAGCAAAAAGAUCGGCAUGCUGUAUCCUUUGGCAAUCGCAUUGGAUACUAAAGGGCCGGAGAUUCGCACUGGAUUAUUGGAUGGAGGAGGAUCUGCUGAGGUCGAAUUGAAGAAGGGCGGGACCAUCACUUUAACGAUCGACAAAAAUUAUGCCGACAAGGGCACCGCUGACAUAGUUUAUGUCGACUACGAGAACAUUGUUAAGAUUGUUCAACCAGGCAAUAAAAUAUUCGUUGAUGAUGGUUUGAUGUCGCUGGUGUGCAAGGAGAACAAAGGCAACGCUUUGGUUUGCACCAUCGAGAAUGGGGGGAUGUUGGGAAGCAAAAAGGGAUGCAAUUUGCCUGGCUUACCUGUUGAUCUUCCUGCCAUUUCGGAGAAGGAUAAAUCUGAUCUACAGUUUGGUGUUGAUCAAGGUGUUGAUAUGAUUUUUGCAUCAUUCAUUCGAGAUGGACAGGCUCUUACUGAAAUUAGAGACGUUUUGGGUGAAAAGGGCAAAGAUAUAAAAAUCAUCUCGAAAAUUGAGUGUCAACAAGCUUUGAAUUGCAUCGACGAAAUAAUAGAUGCUUCAGAUGGUAUAAUGUUAGCCCGUGGUGAUUUGGGCAUAGAAAUACCUACUGAAAAAGUAUUUUUGGCGCAAAAGUCUAUCAUUGCUAAAUGCAACAGAGUUGGAAAGCCUGUUACUUGCGCGACUCAAAUGUUGGAGUCUAUGAUUAAAAAGCCAAGACCUACAAGAGCUGAAGCCUCCGACGUGGCCAAUGCCGUUUUGGACGGAUCUGAUACCGUGAUGUUGUCUGGUGAAACCGCCAAAGGAGAAUAUCCUCUUGAAUGUAUUGCAACUCAGGCGGUUGUGGCUAAGGAAGCGGAGAGUGCCAUAAGAUAUACGGAAUUUCUGGAGGAUCUCCUCGAUGCCACUCCUCUACCGGUAGAUGCAGCUCAGGCAAUCGCUAUUGCAGCCGUCCAAGCUUCGUUGAAAUGCGUGGCUAGCGCCAUAAUCGUCAUCACGACUUCUGGAAGAUCCGCCCACUUGGUAGCAAAAUACAGACCCAGGUGUCCUAUAUUGGCGGUGGUGCGCGAUGCAAGGGUGGCGAGACAAUGUCACAUGUACCGAGGCAUAGUUCCUUUGAUUUUCGACAAAACGCGGGAGAAGAAUUUCGACUUGGACUUACAAUCUAGAUUGCACUUUGCUAUGUCGUUCUUGUCCGGUAGGAAAAUGAUCAAGAAUCAUGACUGCAUCAUUAUCUUGUCAAGCUGGAAACCUGGCACCGGCUUCAGCAACAUGAUGAGGAUCCUUUACGUAGAAGCUGGAGAUGAAGAAGUGUGCAUGGGUCCUUGUCAAACUUAGGUUUAGUUAGUUAGUUAACUGUUAGUUUUGAUGUUACGCUUUAUGAUUGAAUAAAAGGAAAGUUUCAUACAA